AUGGGUACAGGGAAGAAGGAAGCCACCCGCCGGACCCGGCAGGGUAAGGAUAACGAUGGCAUGGCCAAUGUCAGGGUCAAGGGUGAAAAUUUCUACAGAGAUGCGAAGAAGGUGAAGCAUCUGAAUAUGCUCAAGGAUGGCAAGCCUCGACGUGACGCCGCUGGAAACAUCACCGUUGCUGCUUCGUACCAGUCUCGUGAGGCCCCGGUCGCUAGAAUAGAACCCAACCGGAAAUGGUUCGGUAAUACUCGAGUUAUCUCGCAAGAGGCUUUGUCCUCGUUCCGUGAAGCCGUCGCCGAGCGUGCUUCCGAUCCGUAUCAGGUUCUCCUGAAAACAAACAAGCUGCCAAUGAGUUUGAUCAAGGAGAACCAGACGGUCAAUGGACUUAAGCAGCAUGAGGCCAAGAUGGCGAUUGAAACAUCGCCGUUCAGCGACACAUUCGGGCCCAAAGCCCAAAGAAAGCGAGUCAAACUCGGUGUCUCGUCUCUCGAAGACUUGGCUGGUGAGACUGUUAAGAUGCACGAUAGCUACGUUGAGAAGUCGAACCAGGCUACCUUUGAGGACGGCACUGCUGCUGUUGCGGGCGACGACGUGGCUGCCGACCUCGGAAUUGGCACGAUGCCGAUUUCUCGUGAGGCUGUCUUCCUCAAGGGUCAAUCCAAGAGAAUCUGGAACGAGCUGUACAAGGUCAUUGAUUCCUCUGACGUUGUCAUUCACGUUAUCGAUGCUCGCGAUCCCGAGGGCACACGCUGCAGAGGUAUUGAAAAAUACAUCCGCGAAGAGGCACCUCACAAGCACUUGAUCUUUGUCCUCAACAAGUGUGAUCUUGUGCCUACUGGCGUUGCGGCCGCUUGGGUUCGCCACCUGUCCAAGGACUACCCUACUCUAGCUUUCCACGCUUCGAUCAACAACUCAUUCGGUAAAGGAUCUCUUAUUCAGCUUCUGAGACAAUUCUCGUCUCUCCACUCCGACCGAAAGCAAAUUUCGGUCGGCUUCAUCGGCUAUCCUAACACAGGAAAGUCGUCAAUCAUCAACACUCUCCGGAAGAAGAAGGUGUGCACAGUCGCUCCUAUUCCUGGAGAGACCAAGGUCUGGCAAUACAUCACCUUGAUGAAGCGGAUCUACCUCAUCGACUGCCCUGGUGUUGUCCCGCCAAGUCAGACAGAUACCCCUGAGGAUAUCCUUCUCAGAGGUGUGGUCCGUGUUGAAAACGUCGACAACCCCGAGCAGUAUAUUCCGGCCAUUCUCAGGAAGGUGCAGCCCAAGCACCUUGAGCGCACUUAUGGCAUCAAGGAAACGAGCGAUGCCAUUGAGUUCCUCAGCAUCCUCGCCAGAAAGGGUGGCAGGCUUCUUCGUGGAGGCGAGCCGGAUCUCGAUGGUGUUGCCAAGAUGGUCAUCAACGAUUUUCUUCGAGGCAAGAUUCCUUGGUUUACCCCUCCUCCUCACACACCUGGUGAGGAGAGCGAGAAGAUCGAAGGCCGUGAAGGCAGACUUGGCGAGAUGGGGCGGAAGCGCAAGAUUGAGGAGACCUCUCAGGAUGCGGGAGAAGACAAGGAAGGCCAGGAUAAGUCCGCUUCCGCCUCUGAGGAAGAGUUCAAGGGGUUCGAUGACGAGGAUGAUGACAGCGACGACGACUCGAUCGCCAACCUCGAAGUCAGCGACGAUGAAAGCGGGGAGGAGUGA